AUGACUACGGCAAAGCCUUCCCAGCAGAUCAAUGUACUUAUCUUUGGGCUCGGAGCCAUCGGAAGCUUUUAUGCUUUCAUCCUGAGCAAGAAUCAAAAUGUCACACUCUCAGUGAUCGCCAGGUCCAACUACGAAGCAGUAAAGCAGAACGGACUGCAAAUUGAAAGCAAAACCCAUGGCAAUCAUAACGUUCGCAUAGGUCACGUUCUGAAAUCGCCUUCCGAGGCUUCCGGCCCUUUUGAAUUCAUCAUAUGUGCUCACAAAGCCAUCAACCCUGCUUCCGUUCCAUCUCUAUUUCAACASUUGACAACCGCUCGCACGACUUUCGUCAUUAUUCAAAAUGGCGUGGGAAACGAAGAUCCUUUUCGUGAGCUGUAUCCCAACUCUUCCAUCAUCUCCUGCGUGACUUGGGUCGGGGCAGUCCAGAGCUCUCCAGGAGUGAUCAACCACAAUGGAAAUGAAGAUAUGCAAAUCGGUCUCUUCCCAAACCCUGAACCCGCACAAGAUGAAGAACGACUAGAUCUCUUCGCAUCUCUCCUUCGCCACGGCGGCACAACCUUCCAAAUCUCCCAAAACAUUCAAAAGGAACGUUGGGGAAAAGUCGUCUGGAAUGCAGCUUGGAAUCCUCUGACGACAUUGACAGCUGUACCCGUGCAGAACUGGCUCUCUUCUUCGAAUGAAUCUCUGAAUGUGACGAGGCAGCUUAUGCGGGAAGUGAUUGAUGUUGGGAAGAAAUGCGGCGUACCAUUGGGAUACGAGCUUGUGGAUCGGUUGAUUGAGAAAGUGCUUGCUAUGCCGUCGCCGAUCUUCAGCAGUAUGUACGUGGAUUCGACAGAGGGGAGGGCUUUGGAGGUGGAUGUCAUACUGGGUACUCCGAUGAAGAAGGCGAGAGAGUUUGGGAUGGAGGUUCCUGUUUUGAGGACGAUUUAUGCUUUGACUAUGGCUGUUAAUCAGAGAUUGGUGGCGAGUGUCUGA